AUGGCACAACGCAAACAAUGCAUCGUCGGACUCAUCAACGAACAUCCAUGCCACGAACAUAACCUUCCAAUCAACAUCGUCAACAAGUGGAACAGCAAUAACAUCAAAGUGUAUAUCUCAGGCCUUGACACGAAGGGUGCAUUGGUCAUGCUGGGAAAGAGUGGUCAAUGGGUAUACCCAACGACUUCCUCUUCUACGCCUCAACCAGUCGAUGACAGUGUUGCCAUUCCGCUCGGAAAACCAAACUCGACUCUUCCACUUACUUUGCCUGGAUAUCUCAUCAGCGGGAGGAUCUGGAUCGCUGUCGGCGGACUGCAAUUCUUCGUUGUAGCCACGCCGAACGGACCAGGUCUUGUGCAGCCUUCAGCUGCCAACCAAAACGACCCAAGUGCUGAAGUCAACUAUGCCUUUGCAGAGUUGACCUGGAACUCGCAGCUCGGAAUCUACGCCGACAUUACCGCUGUCGACUUCGUCGGCCUCCCGUUGGGCAUCAAGCUAAAGGACAACAACGGCACCACGCAGUCCAUCGCCGGCACUCCAGCAAACGCUGCUGAAGUGCUCUGCGACCAGCUGAAAGCUCAGAAGAAGAAAGACGGACGAGGCUGGGAUCAACUCUGCGUCUAUAACUCCGCCAAGAAGCUCAUCCGGGUUCUCUCACCUUCAAACUUGCCUGCAGGCGGGCAAAACCCCUUCGGAACAUACUUCGCCAAAUACGUCGACGACGUCUGGAAUCACUACAGCACCAACGACCUCAUCAUCAACACCCAAUCCAGCCCCGGUAACGUCACCUGCCGCACGAAAGGCGAUAAGCUGCAGUGUGCCGGCGACAAUCGAGGCUACGCCAAACCCAACAACCGCGACAUCUUCGGCUGCAACACCGGUCCCUUCUCCAUCCAACAAGGCGACAACGCCGUCCACCUCGCCGUCGUUCCCCGCCUCUGUGCAGCUUUCAACCGAGCAACCCUCCUCGUUCCCGGCGGCAACGUCCAGCCCAGCUUGCCGCCGAGCAAGUACUAUGUCAAUGACUCUCAACGCCCGGCGGACUCCCGGCCGAGGAACUGGUACAGCCAGCUUGUUCAUCAGAUCGAAGUCGGGGGACGAGGAUAUGCUUUCUCGUAUGAUGAUGUUGCGCCGAGUGAUCAGGAGGAUCAGUCUGGACUUGUGGCGAGUCCGGAUCCCAAGCUUUUCACGGUUAUUGUUGGGACUUCGUAA